AUGAAAACUUUAGCAUUCUGCAAACUUAUUACUGCUAAAUGCUUAUUAAAAGAGUUUAACCAAAGGAUUAUUGUAGAUAAUUUGGAUUCUUCUACACCAACUCUUGGAUUUUUAAUCUUAUUAUUUAAUCGUUUAAUUCAUAAUAAGCUAGAUACAAUUGCAAUCAAU